UGCCUUGGACACCCAGACCCACCUCCCCUUUAUUUAACACUCUCAAUCUCUUACUCCCAGUUCCAAUCUGAUUCGUUACGAUGAAGCGCUACCGGAACGGCGAAAUCUGGGACUUCGAGCAACAAAUGCCGCUUUCCGACGACGCCUGUGACGUCAUUCUGGGGUUAGACGGCGGCACGACGUCCACGGUUUGCAUUUGCAUGCCUGUUUUGCCCUUCUCGGAUCCUCUGCCCGACCCGGUUCCGGUUCUGGCCCGGGCCGUCGCCGGCUGCUCCAAUCACAACAGCGUCGGCGAGGCGGCUGCGAGGGAGACACUGGAGCAAGUGAUGGCGGAAGCACUUGCGAAAUCCGGUUCGAACCGGUCGGCGGUUCGGGCGGUUUGUUUGGCGGUUUCGGGUGUGAACCAUCCCUCCGAUCAGCAGAGGAUAAUGGACUGGCUUAGGGACAUAUUCCCCAGGGAUGUGAGGUUGUAUGUUCAGAAUGAUGCUGUGGCGGCUUUGGCUUGCGGAACUAUGGGAAAGCUUCAUGGGUGUGUUCUGAUUGCCGGCACGGGCACCAUUGCGUAUGGAUUCACUGAAGAUGGUAGAAAUGCUCGGGCUGCUGGCGCAGGACCUACCUUAGGUGAUUGGGGAAGUGGAUAUGGAAUAGCUGCACAGGCCUUAACCGCGAUCAUAAGGGCCCAUGACGGGCGUGGUCCAAAGACAGCACUUACCUCUAGUAUUUUAGAGAAGCUUGAUCUUUCUUCUGCAGAUGAACUCAUCGGGUGGACUUAUGCAGAUCCAUCUUGGGCUCGCAUUGCAGCACUUGUUCCAGAGGUUGUAUCAUGUGCAGAGGCUGGUGAUGAAGUAGCAAAUAAGAUAUUGUUUGAUUCAGUUGAGGAGUUGGGUUUAAGUGUGAAAGCUGUUGUUCAAAGACUUGACUUGUGUGGCCCAGAAGGAAGAGAUUCUUUUCCCCUUGUCAUGGUUGGUGGUGUUCUUGAAGCAAAUAAGAGGUGGGAUAUAGGUACAGAAGUGAUUAGAUGCAUCUCCAAAGAGUAUCCGGGGGCAGUUCCUAUUAGACCCAAGGUGGAGCCUGCAGUUGGAGCAGCAUUGCUAGCCUGGAACUGUCUGAUGAAAGAAUCUGUUAAAGAAACCUUCAAGUGCUGACAAUGGGAUGAUUUUAUAUGAACUCAAUUGUAUAGUGGGAUCAAUCAAUAACGAAGUGAAAGGGAAACCAACAGCUCGAGAUCUAAAAUGCAAGUCUUUAUCAAUAUAUAUUUUUCGGUUGAAGAAGUCAUUGCUCAUCAUCAAUAUUUUUCUGCAUAGUACUAGUACCUGUCUAGCCUAAUGUUAGUAAGGCUAAUUCUUCAAUAUAUCAGAUGCCGAUUCUGGACACUGUGAUUGGGUUUGCCUGUAAAAGUAUCUCUGUUUAUAGCGAUGUGAAAGAAAUGCUUGCAAGUGAUGGCAAAUGCCCCUCGCGUGCUUUGUUGCUUUGUGAAAGAGAAAAGAUCUUGCUGGUGCAAUAUUUCAGUCCCUUGUCCUUACGACGUGUGGUUACUAUUU